AUGAAUAACCUGGGUGUAUGAGUGAUGGGUGAGGAGGAAGGUUCAGUAGCAGUGUGAGUGAAGCAGUGAAUCCCUCCCUCCUGGUGUCCUGCCAGACGGUCGUCUACUCUGCCGAAAUGUUUCGCCGGGCCACCAUUCUUGUCCCUUACAAUGGGCAACAGCAGGUGCGUAGUAUGGCCACCUUGAAGGCCAUUGCUAUGCGCCUGAAGUCUGUUAAGAACAUCCAGAAGAUUACACAGUCUAUGAAGAUGGUGUCAGCAGCUAAAUAUGCUCGAGCUGACAGAGAGUUGAAGCCUGCUCGGCCUUAUGGUGCUGGAACCACUGCAUUCUAUGAGAAGGCAGAGGUAAAGGGUGAGGAGGAGAAGCCCAACAAGUUAAUUGUGGCUUGUACCAGUGACCGAGGCUUGUGUGGUGCAAUUCACUCUAACAUUUGCAAGCACAUUAAGGCAGAGUUGGCACAAGAUGCUUCAAAGGCUGCCAUCAUAUGUAUUGGUGACAAGUCUCGGGCCCAGCUUUCUAGGUUAUACGCUAAAAAUAUUAUUGCUCAGGUUGGAGAGGUUGGACGUAAACCUUCCACAUUCGAAGAUGCCGCUAGAAUUGCUACACUCAUCCUAAACUUGGGCUAUGAUUUUGGUUCUGGUACACUUGUCUACAACAGAUUCAGGACUGUGGUAUCGUAUGAUACAAAAGAGCUGCCUUUUUAUUCUGCCACAGCCAUUGCAAAUGCAGAAAAGAUCUCUCUGUAUGACUCGCUUGAUGCUGAUGUAAUUCAGUCUUACAUGGAAUACUCCCUGGCUUCUCUCAUUUUCUACGUAUUGAAGGAAGGUGCAUGCUCAGAACAAUCCUCAAGAAUGACUGCCAUGGACAGUGCCAGUAAGAAUGCAGGAGAGAUGAUUGACAAGCUGACUUUGACAUACAACCGCACUCGCCAAGCAGUCAUCACUGGAGAGCUGAUUGAGAUCAUCUCUGGUGCAGCUGCUGUUUAAGUGAUGGGUCUCUGUCUGCCUCCUGUAAAUUCUGAUUUUUCAAGAGGGACUGUAUGCACAUUCAAGUAUAAUGUGGUGUUGUAGAAAUGCCCCCUGACAAAACAUUUAAAUAUUGAGGCAUAUGCUGUACCUGUACACACUUCAGUUAGGGAUUCCUUAUCGAUGUUAAAACUUGCUACCAUUCAACUACAUUCUAUCUUAAUGUUUAGUAUAUAACUAGCAAUAUGCUUAGAAAUUGUUACAUUCUGUACCAACAAGACAGUAAUAUUUAAAGUUGUGGUGUAGGUGUUGGGUUUCCUGGAAGCAAGUCUCAGCCCAAAUAAGAGUGGAAUUAAUUUUUAUUCUUGCUCUACCCUGGCUUCAGUGUAACCUUGCACAUAACCCACAGCUUCUGUAGAGAACUGCACCUGGAAAUUUGUAAUGUUGUCUAGAUAGAUGACUGAAAAUAAUUUUUGGUGUAAUAAAACAAAUACUGAAGUAAAA